AUGGAUUCAGUCUUUCAGCGCAUCCAACCAUCUGAAUACUGCAAGCGUUUCUUAGAAUUUCAAAUUCGUCCAGAUGGUCGCCAUCUCGGCGAAGUACGAGAUGUCAGGGUGAUGAAAAACGUCCUGAAAGAAAGUCCUUCAGUGAUCGGAUCCUCAAUCGUCUCCGCUGGCCACUCUCGUUUUCUUGCUGCAGUUACCGCUGAAAUUGCCCCUCCUGUUCUCUCUGCUCCAAAAGCUGGAAAAAUCGUGGUUAAUCUUGAAUUUCCGAAAACUUGUGGCGCUUUGGACGUCAAUCGUGAUGCGGGUGAAGAUAUUGCGAGUCUCGCCGCCCAAACAAGCGUUUCGUUGUGCCAUAUUUUUUCAAGUCAAGAAGUAAUUGAUUUGAAACAAUUUUGUGUGAAAGAAGGGAAUGCUGUUUGGGUCCUUUAUGUUAAUAUUAUUUGUUUAGAAUACGAUGGAAAUGCAACUGAUUGGAGCAUCUGUUCAGCUGCUGCCGCUCUAGAAGAUUCUGUCCUUCCCGCAAUCGUCUGGGAUCCCAAACAUCAGUGGUGGAGGAUAUCCGAUGAUAAUGACGAAUCAGAUAACAAAGACGAACUAGAAACUCAGAAAACGGAAAACACCUUCUGGGAAAGUCGAAGGGUUGUUCUGACAGCGCGGCCAUUAAGUGUGACGCUCGCGAAACUUCUGGAAACAUAUUGGAUUGUCGAUCCUUCUAUGGACGAGACCCAGCUCGGUGAACUGAUCACAAUCUGGAGAGCAACAAAAGCAGAUCCAACCGAUGCGACAUCUAAUCAACUGCAUUUUCUUCGCCCUGGAGGGAGCGCUUUGGAAGUUCAGCGUCUAUUGCACUCAUUGUUCGAAGUCUCUCAUAACGGGAUGGUUGCUAUGCAAACUGCAAUUGAUAAUGCAGUCAAGAAAGAAGGUGUUGAUAUGUGGGAAGUUUGUUGUAGUGAUGGCGAUACGGAUUGA